AUGGCUACAAAUAUCCAGGGCAUCCGCGAGACUUAUAUUGGAAGCAUUUUAGUCAGCGUCAACCCGUACGUGGAUUUACUCAUUGAUGGUCCUGAAGUCAUGAGUACCUAUAGAACUCAACCAAUGGCUUCUAUGCCUCCGCACGUUUAUGGUGUUGCUGAAGGCAUGUAUCAGAAUUUGCUCCAUGACGGUUCCGAUCAAGUGGUUAUUAUCAGUGGCGAAUCGGGCGCUGGCAAGACUGAAGCCUUCAAACGUAUUUUGCGUUACUUGGCAUCGUCAAGCGAGGGAGACCAAAUAACAUGGGGAUCUGCUGCACAAGGUGUCCUCGAAAGUACCCCUUUGCUCGAAAGUUUUGGAAACGCAACAACACUUCGUAAUGACAAUUCUUCACGCUUCGGAAAAUAUGUUGAAGUGUUUUUUUUAGGCCCAACAAUUGUCGGCGCCAGGGUAACAAAUUACCUCCUUGAAAAGUCGCGAGUCGUUCAACAGGCCGUCGGUGAACGAAAUUACCACGUAUUUUAUCAGCUUUUGAGCAGCCUCGACAGGGAGACUAAAGCGGCCCACAGGCUAACGAGCAUCACUGACUAUGCCUACUUGCAGUAUGGCAAGGCAAGCAGGGUCGAGUCCCGGUCGGAUCCAGAUGGCCUGCACGUUCUUUUAAAUUGCUGGUCGAACCUUCGCUUCACUGGCGAUGAUAUGGAACUCUGUUUGCGAAUAAUAUCUGGAAUUUUACACCUAGGAAAUAUUGACUUUGGUGAAACUGAUGAAGCAAGCUUCAUAAAAAAUCCAGAACUCCUCGAAAUAAUUGCUUCAGAACUCGCUAUUGAUCCGGUCGUACUAAAACUGGUUCUUACGACAAAAGUGACGGAAACACAAAAAGAAAAAGUAAGAAGUCCGGUCAACAAGGUACAGGCUCUGGUAAACAGAGACUCGGUGGCCAAAUCCCUAUACUCUGAAUACUUCGAUCAUUUGGUGGCUGAGCUUAACCUGCGUCUGGCGCCCCAGAAUGCCGACGAAAUGGAUCCGAAUCUUCGCUUGCGGUCUAUCUCCCUACUCGAUAUUUACGGUUUUGAGAAUCUACCGACCAAUUCCCUAGAACAACUCUGCAUCAACUACGCUAAUGAAAAUCUUCAGCUCUUUUUCAAUCGCUAUGUGUUUGAGCUAGAGCAGGCUGAAUAUAACCAGGAGGGUGUCAGUUGGUCGUACAUCAAAUUUCCGGACAACAAGGACAUCAUAAACCUCCUCACUGCGCGGCCGGACGGCAUCAUCCAUAUCCUCAAUGACGAGGCCUAUCUCGGACAGGUACGAGAGUUGGUUUAUUCUAUUAUGUAUUAUGCAUAG